AUGGCGCAAGAAACGAACGGAACACAUCCCAAUGGCACCAAAUCGCUCGCCCAAGACCUCUUCGAGGACAUGGGCAGGAAGGUCGAUCAAGCGAAUGGCGAAGACAGCGAUCAGAAAGUCGUCGAGGAGAUCGAGUCUCUCUGCAUGAACUGUCACGAAGAUGGCCUUACAAAACUACUGUUAACGAGGAUACCAUUCUUCCGCGAAAUCGUCAUCAUGUCCUUCUCAUGCGACCACUGCGGCUUUCACAACAACGAGAUCCAAUCCGCCGGGCAAAUACAACCGAAGGGUGUCAAGUAUGCGUUACGAGUCGAGAAAGAUGAGGAUUUGCAGAGGCAGGUCGUCAAGAGCGAUGUAUGCGCAUUCAGGAUAGAGGACAUCGAUUUGGAGAUCCCGCCUGGCAAGGGGAGAUACACGAAUAUUGAGGGUAUCAUUUCGAGUGUCAAGCAAGAUCUGGAAGCUCAUCAACAGGCGAGGAUGGAGCAGAUGCCGGAAGUUGGUGAGAAGGUAGCGGGUAUCAUCUCCACAUUGGACGAGAUGGUAUCAGGACGAAGAUACCCAUUCAUGGUGUCGGCCGACGAUCCUAGUGGGAACAGCAUGAUCGAGCCAAAACCUGGAGAUGCAGCUGGCAAGUGGGCGAAGAGCGAGUACAACCGAACACCUACACAGAACGCAGCGCUUGGACUGGGAGAUGAUGUGCCACAACCUGGAUCAGAAGCCCCAGAAACCGAGCUCCGACCAGAAUAUCAUUCUACCAAUCUUGUAGGUGCCGAGGAGGCGACUGCUGUGCAAGGGAACAACGUUGAUCAGGAUGACAUUGUCGAGAACCAAGUCUACAGCUUCCCAGCUUCAUGUCCUGGCUGUACCCGACCCUGCGCAACAAAUAUGAAGAUGGUCAACAUUCCAUACUUCAAGCAGGUUGUGCUUAUGUCGACAGUCUGCGAGCACUGCGGAUAUCGGAGUAACGAAGUCAAAACUGGUGGAGAGGUACCAGAGAAGGGUGAGAGGAUCACGCUCAAGGUCAGCACCGCAGAAGACCUGGCACGAGAUAUCCUCAAAUCCGAAAGCGCAUCCCUACAGUGUCCAGAACUACAACUCCGUGUCGAGCCCGGAACAAUGGGUGGCCGCUUCACGACCGUCGAGGGUAUCAUGACGCAGAUCCGAAAAGACUUGCGAGCACAAGCAUUUGGUCUCGAAGACGGCGAUGCCGAGCUCACAGAGAACCACGAUUCGAUGUCAACAGACAGCAAGAAACUCUGGGAAGACUUCUUCGAAUCAUUGACGAGCGCCAUUGAAGGACGAAAAGAGUUCACAUUGAUUUUGGAGGAUCCUCUCGCGGGAAGCUAUGUCCAAAGUUUGACUGCGCCUGAGCCGGACCCUAAGAUCGAGCUGGAGCAGUAUAAGAGGACGGACGAAGAGGAAGAGGAUCUUGGAUUGAAGGAUAUCAAGACGGAGGGAUAUGAGCAGGAGAGUGGGACGUCGUAA